AUGAAGGGCUACACCCAACUGGCAACAGCCACGCUCGUGGCUGCAGUCAGCUUCACCACUCCGGCCGCAGCAGCUGGCCGUCGGAGCGCUUUCCGUUUCCGCAACGCCGAGCAGAGCUGGCAGCCAGCACACGAGACGGCUACGCCAGCCUCUGCCGCCACUCACCUGGAUUACGUGCCACAUGCAGCCCUGUAUGACGGCGACAGCCGCGCCUUCAUGAACAACGUUCCGCUCAGAGACUCUGUACCGCCAGCACCGACGACUGCCCCGACGUCGCCCUUUGACCACACCGGCCGUCUCCUUGCUCGCGCCAAUUCGCUGGAUACCUGUGGCUUUGUCGAUGCCGAAUUUACCAGCCCCAUCUACUGCAAUGCAAACUACGAGUGUGUCGUCAACUCGAACAAUUUUGUCAUCGGCUGCUGUCCGUCCUCGUCUUCCAGCUGCCCCGUCCAGACCGCCUGUGUCGCUAAGACUGCUGUAUCCCUGACCAACAGCGUGAACUCAUACAUCCUCACAUGCUCGGACGUUGCAAGUCCUGAAUGCGUCACCUACGCAUAUACUGGCGCAGACUACUACGGCUACAAUGCAUAUGGUUGUGCCACGGCUUCCGGCAAGAAGCCGAUCGAAUACCACGCCUCAGACUCUUCAUCGUCGUUCUCGUCGUCCAUAACCGCCACCACGUCCGCUACAACCUCUAGCACGUCCGCUACAACCUCCAGCUCGUCUGCUGCCAGCACUACGGCCAGCAGUAACAGCAGCAAGAGCAGCAACCAUGCCGGUGCCAUCGCCGGUGGUGUGGUCGGCGGCAUUGCCGGUCUUGCCAUCAUCGCCCUUGCAGGCUUCUUCUUCUACCGCCACAGCCAGAAGAAGAAGGCCAAUCUCGGCGGCCCAGGCACUCCUGGCGUCGCUCCCGGAGGCCAGCCGCCCUAUGGAAAUGAUCCUCCGCCGCAGCAGGCGCAGUAUUACCCACCCAAUCCCCAAUCGCCACAGCAGUUUGGCUACGGGUACGUCCCAGUGGCCACUGGUGCCGCUGCUGGGGCUGCUGUUGCCGGGGCUGCAUACACGCACAAUAACGAGCCUCACGCUGCGUAUGGUGUCGCGCAAUCGACAUCGCCGCUGUCGGCUGGCGCCCCGUCGUCUUCUACGCCCGGCACGCUACACGAGCCCGCCGCUCCAUAUCAAUCGCCGACACCAGCACAUGGUAUGGGCUUCCAGAGCGGCCCCGUACCGACAUAUGAUGUUCCCGAGCUGUCGACGGAGCGGCCAGAUAGCGAGCUGCGGGAGUUGGCUUGA